AUUAAUUUCUCCAUCAUCUAUAACAUCAAAUGGAACCCCUUCAUGAAGACGUUCCACCUCUCAGUACAGAUCUAAAGGUCUCACUGCAACGUUGUUCUACCAUCCUCCCAGCUGAGAAAACCCAGAGAAGGUCCAUUUUCCUUUCAAAUAUAGACCAAGUUCUCAACUUCACCGUUGAAAGCGUCCAUUUCUUCCUGGCAAAUCCUGCUUUCCCACCGGAAACCGUGGCCCAGAUGCUUGAACGUGCAUUGCAGAAACUACUGGUGGAAUAUGAUUUUUUGGCCGGAAGGCUGAGGUUCAACCCCCAGCAAGGUCGGCUGGAGAUCGACUGCAACUCAGCUGGGGUAGGGUUUUCUGUGGCUACAAGCGAGUUAUCGUUGGAGGAGGUAGGAGAUUUGGUGUACCCUAAUCCAGCUUUCGGACAACUUAUGAUGGAUAAACUUUGUUCCUUGGAGACAGAUGACCAGCCCCUUUGUGCUCUACAGGUAACAUCCUUCAGAUGUGGUGGUUUUGCCAUGGGUGUAUGCACCAAUCAUGUAUUAUUUGAUGGCAUAGGCUUCAAAAUGUUCCUACACAAUCUGGCUUCUCUUGUCGGCAACAAACCACUAGCGGUUACUCCAUGCAAUGACCGCCAACUCUUAGCUGCUAGAUCUCCACCAACCAUCAACUUCCCUCACCCAGAACUAGUGAGGUUUGAGAUCCCCAACGGCAUAGAUCAGUCUCACACAACAGCACUACUCCAAAGUACAUAUGGGGAUCUGGAGUUCAAGAUUUUCCCAUUAAGCACAGAUGAUAUCUACCACCUAAAAGAGAAGGCAAAGCUUGGGCAAAGCAAGAAUGGUCCUACUCCUACCCAUGCCACUAGCUUCAAUGUUGUCACGGCCCAUGUGUGGCGGUGCAUGGCCCUGGCAAAGGACGUAGGACAGAGUCCAGAGAAGAAGUCGACGUCGACCGUCCUUUACGCAGCUGACAUUCGACGUAGGCUAUCUCCUCCACUUCCACCAUCCUACGGCGGUAAUGCGGUGGUCAUGGCUUACGCUACGGCCUCUUUCAGUGAAAUUGAAGGGGGUCCCUUCUCCCAUUUGGUAGAGAUGGUCUCAGAUGGAGCCAGGAGACUUGAGGACGAGUACAUUAGGUCUGUUAUUGAUUGGGGCGAAUUGAAUAAAGGGUUCCCAAUGGGAGACGUCCUCAUAUCUUCAUGGUGGAGAUUAGGGUUUUCUCAAGUGGAGUACCCUUGGGGGAGGCCCAAGUACUGUUGCCCUAUAGUCCAUCAUAAGAAGGACCUUAUUCUUUUACUCCCUGACAUUAAUGAGGAUACCAAGGGGAAUGGGGUAAAUGUUCUAGUGGCUCUUCCAAUUAAGGAGUUGAAGAAAUUCCAAUCCCUCUUCAACGAAUUACUAGCUUAAUGUUUUGCUAUCUCUAGAAGUGUUGAUGGCCUAUGUGGAUGAAGAGUGCUUUUGAUUAUAUAUGUUGGUGAGUACUGGGUAGUACAUGAAUUAGUUAUUGGUAGAUUAUUAUAAAGUGGUAUUCAGUAUUCUGCAUCUUUGUCAUCAUUGUUAUGUCAACCUAUGCCUGUGCAUGUAUAUGGGCUUGUAUGUUUGAAAAUGGUGUAAUCCUCACCUUACAUGAAAAAGAGUACUUUUUUUUUUUGGUAUUAGCACUAUUAAUAACUUCCCCCA